UAUGUACGAACCAAUCAAGAAAUGAUUAUUAAUUAUUAUUAAUAAAAAUAAAGAAAGACUUUUGAGUUUGGAGACAAUGAAGAAGGCGACUCUUCCACUUUCUUUCUUUCUUAAAACUGCUUUUUCCGAAGGUUUCUUCUUCGCGUUGUCUUCCUCUUUCUUUGGGAUCAGUCAUUAUUGUACUAUACAUACAUACACAUACAGAGUCACAACAACACAGCCUCACAUAUAAUCUCCUACAAUAUAUAUUUAUAUUUAUAUUUAUAUUUAUAUACAAGCCACUCUAAACUCUAAACCCCUCAUAAAGAUUAAAGGGUUGAACUUGAAGAUGAUGACUCUUCUUGGUUUUCUUCAAUUUUCACUCAAAUAUUCCUUAACUUAUCUUGCUUGGCCUAUCGUUGCUUUGGUCUAUCCACUAUGUGCUUCUAUUAGGGCCAUUGAGGCCAAUUCUGUUUUGGAAACUCAAAAGUUGAACACUUAUUGGGUUGUCUUCUCUCUGAUUUUGCUUCUUGAACACACUUUGAAUCUCCUUGAAUGGUUCCCACUCUGGCCUUACAUUAGGCUAGUUACUGUCUUUUCACUAGUGAUACCUUAUUUCGAUGGCGCUUUUCAUGUCUACAAACAUGUUUUAUGCCCUUGCCUUUCAAUGGAUCACCAGAUUAUCUUAAACUGGUUUUCCCAACAGAAGCAUACAUCAGUUGAGAAAGAGAGAGUUUUAACUGAAGUGGAGAAAUAUAUAAGGGAAAAUGGAACUGAAGCUUUGGAAAAAAUCAUUGCUGGCAAGCCGAGUAGCGGUAGCACAAAGAACCCCGAGGUGAAGGAGAUCAAACCAGUUUCAGUUGUAGAUGACAAAUUGGUUAAACAGUCAAGCUCUGAUGGGCCUAAUUUGACAAAGAAAGAUGUUAGUGAUGUUAAAUUAACAGAGAAGAAAGAAGUUAAAGAACCUGUUCAGGCUAGCCGUGUAGAGCCUAAACCCGCCGAGGUAACUGAGAAGAGAACAAUUAUAACUACAGAGGCAAAACAAGCAGUUCCUGAAAUCCCAUCAGCAAGAGCACAGCUUUCUCUUCCUCUUCUUCCAAAAUCAUUUCAAAAAGAGUGGAAGUGUCAUUUGUGUAAGGUGAAAGUUCAAAGCGAAAUCACCUUCUUUUCUCAUCUUCAAGGUAGAAAACACAAGGAUAUGGAAAUGGAAGAGGCAACUAAAGCCAAGAAGAGCCAGCCAAAGAUAGUCAUCCCUAAGAAAUCAAAUCAAUCUACUGAGGGGGAGCCAAGAAACUUGGCGAAGAACCAAAUGGAUACUCCUAAAGUUGUAAUUUCCUAUGCUCAAAAGCAAUCCAAUGAGGUGGGGAAACAAGCUUUGUUGACCAAUGAUUGGGAACCAAUCAUUGUUAGACAUGACAUGUCUAAAGGCAUCUUGAAGACUAACAACAUUGCAGUUUCAUCGUCGAGUGUGAAGACCGCCAUUGCUCCUGUCGCGAAGCCUAAGGUUUACCAUCCAUACUGCCAUGUUUGUAAUGUGAGUUGCAGUGGUAAGAUUGAUAUGGAUUCUCAUCUCAAAGGAAGAAGGCAUUUGAGUCAACUUCAAUUGUUGGGGACAAAGUAACUUAGUAACAUAAUGUAAUAGAAUUUUAGUGACAAUGGAUAAAUGAUUAGACUUUGUUUUGUUGCUUUGUGAGAAAGAAUUGGACAAUUUUGUUUUGGGAUUUAGGAACUGUUUGAACAUGAACCUCACAUUUUCUCAAUCUUAAUAUUCUUUAAAAUGU